AUGCGUGAAAUUGUACACGUUCAGGCCGGGCAGUGCGGUAACCAAAUUGGAUCUAAGUUCUGGGAGGUGAUAUCCCACGAGCAUGCGAUCGACGCCGAUGGCAUGUACCGUGGUACCCACCACAUCUUGGAAGACAGACUAAAUGUAUACUACAAUGAAGCAUCAAGCGGUAAAUAUGUCCCGCGAGCUGUACUUGUGGACUUGGAACCUGGGACAAUGGAUUCCGUGCGUUCCGGGCCAUACGGACAACUAUUUAGACCGGACAACUUCGUGUUCGGUCAGAGCGGCGCUGGUAAUAACUGGGCGAAGGGACACUACACGGAGGGCGCUGAAUUGGUAGAUGCCGUUCUGGACGUCAUUCGAAAGGAAGCUGAGGGCUGUGAAUGCUUACAAGGUUUCCAGCUAGCACAUUCCCUCGGCGGCGGCACUGGUUCUGGAAUGGGAACCCUUCUUCUCAGCAAGAUCAGAGAAGAGUUUCCCGACAGGAUUAUGACCACAUUCAGUGUAGUACCAUCCCCAAAGGUCUCCGAAGUGGUUCUGGAGCCGUACAACGCGACGUUGUCAGUGCACCAGCUCGUGGAGAACACAGACAUGACCUUUUGUAUUGAUAACGAGGCACUAUACAACAUUUGCUUCAGAACUCUUCGCUUGAGUAGCCCUACUUAUGGUGACCUUAACCAUUUGAUUUCGUACACUAUGUCCGGGGUGACCACGAGUUUGCGUUUUCCCGGACAAUUGAAUGCGGACUUAAGAAAGUUGGCUGUAAAUAUGGUGCCUUUCCCUCGUCUGCAUUUCUUCAUGCCUGGUUUUGCUCCUUUAACAGCUAGAAAUUCUUUCCAAUUUAGAGCACAAAACGUGUCGGAAUUAUUAACGCAGAUGUUCAACCCUGGUAACAUGAUGACCGCGUGCGACCCUCGCCACGGACGUUACCUGACAGUCGCGACCAUGUUCCGCGGUCUGAUGUCGAUGAGAGAGGUGGACGAGCAGAUUCUGGCGAUACAAAAUAAGAAUUCCAGUUACUUCGUUGAAUGGAUACCGAACAACCUCAAAGUGUCAGUGUGCGACAUCCCACCAGAGGGUCUCAAGAUGGCCGCGACAUUUAUCGGAAACACCACAGCCAUUCAAGAGAUAUUCAAACGAAUUUCGGAACAGUUCACCGCUAUGUUCAGACGACGGGCCUUCCUACACUGGUACACUGGAGAGGGCAUGGAUGAGAUGGAAUUUACGGAAGCAAGCAGCAACAUGAACGACCUUAUUUCGGAAUACCAACAGUAUCAGGAUGCGCAAAUAGACGAAGAAGAGUUGGAACUAGAGGACGAAGAAAUAGACCCACCAGUCAACACAAGCGCUAUGGUGGAUUUGGAUCAUUAA